UACACAUCACAGGCUUGAUAAGAUCGUUUAGUCCAAUACAGAAUCUGUUUCACUUGAUAGUGCAGUUGUUUUCCCGUGACUGAGCACUGCGACUUUCUGGACUAAAAUAUACAUAUUCAUUACGCCAAUGGAGCUAUCUCUUCAAAAUAAGACAAUUUUGGUGACCGGCGCUGGUCAAGGAAUUGGAAAUGAACUGUGUAAAACGCUGCAUAAAAUGGGGGCUCAAGUGGUUGCGGUUUCUCGCUCUGUUGGACCUCUGGAAGCUCUAAAAAAGGAAUGUCCAACAAUCGAUAUCAUUCAAGUGGACUUGAGUGAUUGGAAUGCAACUAAAGCUGCUCUUCAACGAGUUCAGCACGUGGAUGGUUUGGUUAACAACGCUGGGAUCGCCAUCAUUAAGCCCUAUCACGAAAUGAGUGAGAAGGAUUUCGAUGACACAUUCAAUAUAAACAUUAAGGCAGCUUUCAACGUGUGUCAAAUUUUGAUACCUAAAAUGAAGUCGGGCUCAAGUAUCGUGAAUAUUUCCUCUCUAGCUGGGCUCAAAGCCUUCCACGAUCAUUCCGUUUAUUCGAUGAGCAAGGCGGCGUUGGAUGCCAUGACCAGGAGUCUGGCUCUCGAGCUCGGGCCGAAGGGAAUCCGCUGCAAUAGCGUCAAUCCGACCGUUAUACUUACGAGAAUGGGUCGGGAAAAUUGGACUGAUCCGGUCAAGGCCGAUCCCCUGAAAGCAAAAAUACCUCUCGGGCGCUUCGGGGAGGUGAACGAAGUUGUGGAACCCAUUGUGUAUCUGCUGAGUGAUAAAUCCGUUUACAUCAAUGGGCACAGUUUGCCCGUAGAGGGAGGUUACCUUGCUGGAAAUUGAAAGGAUGUACAAUAAAUUGAAUCUCUGAAA